CAGACACACAACCGGUGGUUCGACUCUGUCGAACAAGCUAGUCUCGAAAGGGAGAAGAGGAAGAUAAACGGUAGCGAGAAAGAAGGAACAACCUCCACCUGUUGAACGCGGUUCUGUCCUCGGUCCGCCAUGUCGACGAAGGAGCCAAUCGUGGGUGUCCAUUAGCCGUGGACGAUGGUGGGAGAGAAGGAAGAUCCCUGGUUGGCCGAUCCUUGUUUCCCCGCGUCCCACGGGACUCCCGGCUACUUCACGGCUCUCCGAUUCCUCCCUGGCUCAUCCCAGAGCCCGACGUCACAGAGGUCCUGACGGAUCCUUGCCAGUACUCGUCACGGACGGUAUCAAUCACACUGCUUGCUGCGAUCGGUUCCGCGUCGGUUGCGUGCAUGACCUGUUGAUGAUUCGACAAUGAGCCCGUGUGCGGUUGAUUAAAGAAUGUAUCCUUGACGUGGAAAGUUUUCGGACACGCGGUAACGGGACGCAGGGUGUGUGAACCACCGGAUGGUUAACGAAGAAACACGGUACAGAAAGAAGAAGUGUUUGUGUCGGAAAUUGAGAACGAAGAAAAAUGAGCAUAGUGAAAGAAAAAAUUAUUCUAUCCAUGAUACAAUGUGAUAGAAAGAUUGUAUUAAAUAAUUAAGGUAGAAGUUGAUGGUUGUAAUUGAUUGAAAGGAUCGCGAGGACAGAACGGUCGAGAUGUCGUCGAAAACUCUUCAUAACGAACAUAUUAAGAGACCUAUGAACGCGUUCAUGGUUUGGUCACGAGGACAGCGACGGAAAAUGGCCCAGGAGAAUCCCAAGAUGCACAAUUCGGAGAUUUCGAAGAGGCUCGGAGCUGAAUGGAAGCUGCUCAGCGAGAGCGAGAAGCGGCCUUUCAUCGAUGAAGCUAAAAGACUUAGAGCCCUCCACAUGAAGGAGCAUCCCGACUACAAGUACCGUCCCCGCAGGAAGCCGAAAUCGUUGGUGAAGAAGGAAAACAAGUUUGGCUUCUCGAUAUCACCACUGAUGUCCUCAGGUGAAACCCUAGGCAAUAUAUCGAGAGGUCUGCUACCCCCUCUAGCGCCUCCGUCCCAUCACACCCUGAUGAGCCACGAGGACCUCAAGAUUCCACGAUUCUUCCCGCCCUUUCCUUAUCCUCUUUACCCCAUUCAGCAUAAACUCGGAGAGGAAUUCAAUGGCGGGAAAUUGGCGGCAGAUUUAGCCUUCCAAGCUCUCUACGGAGGCAGCACCUUCUAUUCCGGUCAUCAGACGAUGACCUGGCCGGGAUUAUCAACAGCCACCUGUCUGCAGCCGAACUGCGGUUGCCCCAGUCCCUCGAAAGACCCAAAAAGGCCUUACGUCCCUACUAAAUUAGAAGAGAGAUCCUUUCCUAGUCCAGGGAAACCAGAAGACGAUGGGUUCCCGUCAGAUCGUGAUUCCAGCAGGGAGGAAUCACGGUACAGAAAGCUGGAGGAUGAUGCGUUCUCGACAUCGGUGGACAGACAUCAGGAAGACAGAUCCCAGGAUCGUUUCUCUUCGUCUUCUUCUUCCUCGCCGAUUGAUCAGACGGAAAAAAUGUCCAAUACUGUCCCGACGACAACGCCGACCGCUAAAGUCGAGAGUCCAUUUUCCGUUCAAAAUUUAACGUCAUCCAGCUCGAAUUUAGGUGCUCAUCACGGUCAUGUCAUAUGAAGGCCGCUUCCGGUUCUCCCGGACCUAAACUUCCGGGGGAACCUGGUACCAGCCGGAUGGCCCAGCACCGAUUGGUGGAGGGUCCCACCGAUGCUGUCGCCGAUUCCUCAGGCAACCGUCACGAAUCUGAGCGCAACAGCGAAGGAGGAUGAGAUCCAGUUUCAAGUGGAUCAACAGAGGACCUCGAUGAUGGCUAGAUCGAGGAACGUUCACAUCGCCAAUGUACAGUGAUCCUUCGCGGAGAUCGAAAGGUAUUCUGUUGGAGAUCGCGUGUGAUUAGGUUCCACUCAUGUGACUCAAUUUAGACAGUGUAUAUGGUUAGAGUCUUUCAAACUCGAUGGAAGACUAUACCGAUCCUGCCACAGUCCACGGACUAGAUACCGGGCUGUUUGAAACUUGUUGCAUUUUGUGAUCAUUUCGACAGCCCAUCUUUGGCGCCAGUGUUUUUAUUGCAAUUGUAUGAUGUACAGGGUGGAUCAAAGUUAACGGUCCACCCUGUGGGUGUUGAGAUUUCGUGAGGCUCGAGAAUGUUUUUGAACGAAUCAUCGAAAUAGCUCGAUGGAACUGUUCUUUGGACGAAAAAGAGUCGACGUUUCGUUAUGCGGGGCCGACGUUGGAUAGGAAAGCCGAAUCGAUAACUCGCCACGGCCGAAAUCCCACAAAGAGAGAGAGACACGAAACGGUUCUUUCUGGCAAAGCUUGUGUGCAGGGACUCGCGGAAGAGUCCAAUUUUGAUGAGAUAACCAACCCUCUCGUGGCACAUAUUACCGUACACGCGAGCCAAAGCGGAACGGGAGAACAGAAAGAGCCGCUGGUUCAUGGGGUAGAGAAAGAAGGGGCGGGAGGGGGGAGAAAAAAGAAAAAAAGGCUCUUCUAGCAGAAAGGCAAAUCUCUUCUUUGGGACUCGGCCAUGCGAAAUAAGCCAAACGUUUCUGAAUGCUAACGUAGAUGCGACACAGCGGACCUGUACACACGUUAUACACCACCCCUCUCGCGAGAUGAUUUUAUUGCGUCGCGGUGGACAGCGUCGCGCAUCGAUACUGCAACCACUCGAUAUUUUUCAUUUCUUUCGGUUACGCUGUUGUAAUUGCUGUCAAAGGAAGAUUGUGACGGUGAGUGAGUUGAUAGAAAAAAUAUAUCUUUCAGGGAGUUCUGGUUGAAAUUUGAAAAAUUUGUGAUAUAGCGUAUCUACUUAAGUUUCUAUUAAGUUAUUUUUCUUAGAAAAAUGUAAAUAACAUGGAAAUUUUUGUUGUCUUUCUAUAAUGUUGUAAAUUUUACUACCUUUCUUACGGGGCUGUUUCAUUUUUUCAGAUUACCUUUUCUUUACAGAAAAAUUCUAAUCUUUAAUUUUAUACAAAAGCUAUCGAAUGAAAUGAAUAGAAAAAUUCGUCAUCGUUCGAAAUUUGUUACUACAGCCAGGAAUAAUAGAGCGAUCGAUUCGCUGAAAUUGUUUGCAGAUACGGUAUUCUGUUGCGAAUCGUUGAAUUCGUUACGAACAAGCAGCGACCAGCGGUUGUAGCUGAUUUUUCAACGUUUCCUAGGUAUAUUUUGAAAAUUUUACACGCUUGUUUUGAUCCCGGCUCGCGCCACCCCUGUCGCGCGUAUUUUUCGGCUGAAAAAUCGAAACGACACGCCAGAACGGAUGGUCAUUUCCGUGGACACGUUCCCUAUAGAAAAUGUAUACUGUAAAUGAUAACGAUCGUAGGAAAUCGGCGUAUCGCGUGGACCGGUUGCAGGAUUAUUAAGAAACAUUGAACUGUACUGUAACGCGUAUCUAAAGAAUAGAAACAUAUCCUUCCACGUAUUCAAAUAAAUUCCCCUCGUACCCUUUGUUUUCGAAACGGAGAAGAGGAGAACAGUAGCGAUCGUAUAAUCCGUUGGAUUUUUUAUUAACACUAGAAUAACCAACACCAAAUGUUAUUUACUUUUUAAUUACAAAUAAAUUGAAAAAAUAUGACUAAACGAAGAGUAAUUUAACGAAAGCACCUAAAUAGUCUCUGUAACUUAAAAUAAAAAACUUUUAGGUGGUUGGUUGUUCUAUUGUUGAAUUUCGAAACGUGGCUACGUUAAUCUCCUGAUGCGACACCCACGUAAUUAUUGUUAAUUAACUGCUGUAACAUAAC